AUGGAUAGCAUCCUAUGGUUUCCAUUGUUACAUACAAGGUCUACUGAGAGAGAGAGGGAGAGAGGGACAGAGAGAGAGAGGGAGGGAGAGAGAGAGAGGGAGAGAGAGAGAGAGAGAGAGAGAGAGAGAGGGAGAGAGGGAGAGAGAGAGAGAGAGAGAGAGAGAGGGAGAGGGAGAGAGAGAGAGGGAGAGAGAGAGAGGGAGAGAGAGAGAGGGAGAGAGAGAGAGAGGAGAGAGAGAGAGAGAGAGAGAGAGAGAGAGAGAGAGAGAGAGAGAGAGAGAGAGAGAGAGAGAGAGAGAGAGAGAGAGAGAGAGAGAGAGAGAGAGAGAGAGAGAGAGAGAGAGAGAGAGAGAGAGAGAGAGAGAGAGAGAGAGAGAGAGAGAGAGAGAGAGAGAGAGAGAGAGAGAGAGAGAGAGAGAGAGAGGGAGAGAGAGAGAGAGAGAGAGAGAGAGAGAGAGAGAGAGAGAGAGAGAGAGAGAGAGAGAGAGAGAGAGAGAGAGAGAGAGAGAGAGAGAGAUCUAUUCCCACUAAUAGGUGGAAGAAUCAAAAGUUCACGAAUUUCUUGAGACUGGUCUGGUCUCACAAAUUUGCUGAGAGAGGGCGUCCCGAAUGGCUGGGACUGGGCCAGCUGGGGAAUUCAAUGGGCUGGCUACCAGUCUUCAGCAAUGUCAUACCUAACGUUCACAAUGCAGAAAUUGGAGUGCAAAUCGGUGUGGCCGAGUCACAAGGAAAGACAGUCUAUCAGUUUUAAGUGGACUGGGAAGAGAGCGAGAGAGAGAGAGAGCUUGUCACACCGAGCGGUCACGAGUCAACCACGGACAAAGCUCCGGGUUUGAUUGACUUUCUUGCGAAAUAUACCCCUUUCACAAGGAAAUACGACUAACUUUGUAGCAAGGAACGGGGAGGGAGGGAGAGAGAGAGAGAGAGAAGCUCAUUGAGUGAUCAUGAGUGAACUAAAGGACCAAAUUCCGGAUCUUAUUGACUCACGAACACCCUUUUUACAACCAAAUCUUAUGUCAGGGAUCAUUCCCAACAUAGGAACCAAUACUGAGGAGAUAGAAACUAGCAUGUCUCUCUCUCUCUCUCUCUCUCUCUCUCUCUCUCUCUCUCUCUCUCUCUCUCGCUCGCUGGCUGAAUAUCUGAGAGGCCAACCACAGAGUUCACAAGAAACUUUCCCAAUUGGGACCUUUCACCUGAAACUCACUCAGAGUAUUUGGAACACAUUUCAUGCGCUCAGAUAAUCAUCAACACAGAAAGGGCAAUGAUCAUCAUCGUUCAGUCAGAAACUUCCUCACAACACAGAGACCUGCACCUCAGUAUCACAGGCAUCUAUAUAUAUAUAUAUAUAUAUAUAUAUAUGUAUAUUAGGGCUUACCUCCAUUAGAAAAACAGCUCAACCAUGGCCGCCGAUGAUUUCCAAACUUGGAAAGUUUUGAGUUCUAUGACCCCAUUGCUGGUUCCCACCAGUCAAAUGAUCUCAUGGGUAUCCCGGGUGAGGCGCUGACCAAAAGAUUUUAUGUUGAUGAAGUCAACGUUAACUCCUGGCAUUCAAAUACUAGUUGGUUCUCGAAUCUCUGCAGCACAAACCGCUCUUCCUGGGAAAUGAGGCUGGUGACAGUGCAUAUCUCAUCGGAGAAUGGCCUCCGGCCUGCCCUCCCAGCUCGGUGGAGAUAGUCAACUGCGGUCUUGGGAAGGUCAAAGUUGUAUAUGUGAGUCGUCUCCGGCAGGUCAAACCCUCUUCCUGCAAUGUCUGUCGCAACCAGAAGGCAUCCCCCUCGCCUGAGCUCCUGUCAGCGUAUUGAAGGUAUGAAAUUGGUGAAUAAGGUCAAAGCUGAACCGACCAAUGUCAAAUAAAACAGUUCAAUUUUUUUCCGGCCCCAAACUUCAGAUCUGAUUAACCAGAUUAGGAAAUUUCAGUGUACAUGGAUCAGGCUUAAAUCACUCACUUCCAAGAAUUUGCUGGAUAAUAUAAAGCUCAAGAGGAAAUCAUGGGGACUUCAAGUCAAUGAUGAAAGCUUGGUGGUGCCCACAAAUGCCCAACCAAGUAUCCAAUAAUUUAAAAAUAAAUAAAUAAAUAAUAACAACUUUUCAUGUAAUUUGUGAAAUGCACUCCGAAACUAAACUUGCCUCUAGAAUACAUCCAGGGAGAACAAAAAAAUUUCAAGACUGAUACCUAUGCCCAGUCUCUGAUGCAAUCUUCAAGUCAGAAGUUUCUCUUAAACGAUUAAUUUUUUUUUUUUAUGAAACAACGUAAAGAACAGAGUCUAUCUUACCACUUUCAGUAUUCAACCUCUGUUGAUGUAUUUCUUUCUGCAAACCGUCUGGUCAUAAAAAAAUUGUCCAAUUCGUUGGGAUGUAGUUCAUCAAAUGUCAAAUCAGCACUAAUUUUAUUAGAUAAUAUUAUUAAAUGAAAAAAAAGUCUCAUCCAGAUGAGUGAGUGGUACACAUUCAUGCUGAUCCAAUCUAGCUGAUUAAGGAUUUCUUGUUCUCAAGAGAAUCAAACACUUUCAAAAUGCAACAAAAAUAGGCAUGUCAUCCGACCAUUAUACUUCACAGCAAUGCCCAUUUUAUCAUACCCUUUACGGUUCAUGAAACUACUGUGGGACAUUGCAUUUUUGUUCAAUAAAUGUUCUAAGAAUCUUUACUUUGUUUCCCUCAUCCCAAAAUGCUAGAUCAUCCUGGUAUAAUAAUCAUGUGUUGAUGGAUUUAACCUGCAGUUUAAUGUGAAGCAACACCAACGGAUCCCUCUUUCAUUAAUGCAAUUCUUUGGAAAAUACUUACAGAUAAUGAUGCCGCUCGGGCAUUAAAGUUCAUGUCUUCCUCCAGGAGACGAACUUCUAAACGCCCGCUGUAAUUAGCUUUCAAGGAUUCAAGGACCUUGAGUGCUGAAGGGAGGUCCCCGGCCCUCUUUGAUUUCUCUGACUAAAGAAGAAAAACAAUAGGAGAAUAUCAAUUCAGGGGACGGUCCCAGGAAAUUCUUCAAAGUUAUCACAUGCAAACACCAUUACAAGCUAGUCUAAGAAAAAUAGUCCAAUGAGCUCAUAUUGCAGACAUAUACCACCACUGUGAUACCAUCAGCCAGAUUGGUGUGUCUCCAUGCUCUCGUAUUGCACUCCAUGUUCAAACAUUCUUAAUGUUUAAUACAUUGCCACCAUAUGGUUAAUGUUGAGCGAUUCCGGAAUAAUAAGUAACAUAUGUGAGGAUCAAUCCUUAUGUUGCCUGAUAUUUUCACUACGACAAACAUCAGUGUCUUAUCUCCAAUGUCAGCAUAGACUAAGAACUGGCAACGUUGGCUGACAUGUGCAACGGAAUGGUUCUGAAGGUUUCUCCAAUGUCUUAUAAAGCUGCGGACAUGUCCUUAAUCCUAGUGGUCUGCCAAUACAAUAUUCUUUACACAUUGCAUGAGAUUUCACCAGCCCUGCAUUCGAGUUCAAACUUUGACAAAGUAAAAAAAAAAAAAAAAAAAGCAAUUCCCCCACAACAUGUAGAGAGCAGGUCAAUGAUCUUAGAGAACUCAAGGCUAAUCACUGGUACUACUAAUGAGGCGGUAGAAGCAACUAAUGCUAGUGGAACUACUGGAGGAUGAUGGGUCAUAGAAAGUCAUUCUCUCAGUUUAUCCAAGUUUUAGUCAACCAUAAAGAGGAACGAGAAUAUCUUCAACAACACCUUGGCUAAAGAGAUCUCGAGAGCACCAGUAUCUAGGCAGUGGAUUGGACUAGGAAGCAUAUCAUAUGCUACGUAGAAAAAUAAAAUAAAAUAAAAUAGACAGAUUCCGUCAAAGCCAAUAAAUGCAACAUAAACUUGGGUCACCUGGGCAGAGGACUGAAAAACAAAAGCUGCUCUCAAGACUUUGGGUUUGACUAUUCAAACAUAACAUGGAGCCAGGGAUAUGAAAAGAGGUGGUCUGGAUGUGGACAGACGUUCCAUAUGUUGUGACGAUUGAAGACAGGAAACUUCUAUUCUUCUCUCUCACCGAAUCAGUGUGAUUGGGGGGUCCCCAUUUCUGAUACUAGGCGUCCACCUCAGAAGAGUAGGUGCGCUAUUAACGUGAAUUGGACAAGGAGGGUGGGUCUCAGGAACGCUACUAACCUGUUGGUAGAACUAGAUAGUAGAGAACAACUUUCUCAGUGGUGCAGGAUAGGUCCAGCGGCAAUCAGUGCAACUUACAAUGAUUUCAAUCGGUGUAAUAUGCAUACAUAUGAAGCACGCCCCAAAUAAGUGUCUCUGACUUUUCUCCAGAAGCGUCUCUAUUGAAGACGUACAGACCAAUCGGGAUCACCUCUCUACCAUGUUGGCAAGAUAACAUUUGAUCUUACUAGUCCUACAUCCAUUGGGCACGAUGAUCUAGCAGCCAUUAUCAACUUUGAAGAAGGUAGGAAACACAAUGUGGCAUUUAUAGUCUCCCUAACACAAUGUGUUUCCUGCUAACUGUAAUUCAUUUCUAGUCUCCCCAACACUCAUACCCAAUAUCAUCCUCACCUGUCAAUUAGAAAAAAAAUCAAGUAACGAAUGGAACUGUGUGCAUACUACUAACAUAUCUCAUGUUAUCCAUGAUCAUUUCUCAGAGAUCAGAGUGAUGAUCAGUCACUGUUCUAGAUCACCCAUAUUUCUAACCAUUCAUGACUCACCGUUACUAUCCCAAACUUUCACCAGUUUUCUAGUGCCCCAAUCCUAGAAAAUAACGCCAAUAGAGUUUCCAUCUGUUGUUGGGUAUCUUCAGUUGCAUGACAAGUAAGAUGAACAAUUUAUCUACAGCAUCCGAAUGUUGUAAAGGCGCCUGUAAUUGUGGCAGACCACAAAUUAUGAGGAAAAGAUGUCCUUACUCAUAUGUUGUAUUUGUCACAGCAACUUCGGAAUCGCUUUAACCCAGUCAGCACACAAUCAAUUCAGCAACUAAGCUUAAUUUUCAACUCCAUGUGACCAAGACAAAAUAUUGAGACGAAUUCCUUAUAAAGUCUCUUUUCUUACUGCAUUAAAAGUGUUUACGAAAAUAUCGUGGUCAUAGAAGCAUGAUGCAAGAGCAUUUAUACCACUUGCUCUUAUAGGCAUCCCAGUGUUGAAUGUAUGAAAAAGUCCUGGUUAAAAGAAAAUCCUGAUGCAGCCAAAUUGUAAACAACCGGCCUCCCUGGAGACUGUGCAUCCAAUCCUUUUGAUCCCUCCCUCUCAUAAAGGCAUCUUUACAUUGAGGUGGAGUCUGCUAUUCCAAGGUCAAUACUUAAAAUGCUAAUCGCCUUGAUAUUUUUCAUAUAUUUCCAUUCAAUAUUAGCUUAUCAGCUGUUUGCAAGCACAAGAGACGGAACAAGGUGUAAAAACCAAAAUCACAAUUCAAAGACGAUAUUUUAAAUACAAGAAAUUUUCUUCAAGGUGUUAAAUAAACAAGUUGGAAAACACAGUUUAACCAGAACUCGAAGUAACAGUAGAAACCAAAUGUCCAGUUCCAAGAGCAUGAAGGCUAACGGAUUCAAAUCAGAUUGGAAACCAACAUAAAAUCUGAUAACUUUCUUGGCAUCUGGAACAUUUACCAAAUGGGAAUUAUGAUGGCCAAGAAAUCACUCCAGCACAAUCUACUAAACUUUGUCAGAUACGUGAUCAAGCAGGUAGACUAAAAAUAACAACCAUGCAGAUUCAGAAAUAAAUUAAAGAGAAAUACAAAGGAUCAGACUUCAACCCAGAUACAAAGAGCAACCACAUAAGACAAUGUUGCUAGAAAUUCGAAUCUCAGCAUAAAAUAGCUAAUCCAUUACGAAAGAAAUGCACGUCUGUUGAUACUGUCAUGCAAUUUUCCACAUAAAUAAUGACGGAUUUAGUCUUUCUUUAAGUGCUAGCAUGAAAGCUGACCUACACAAACCUGAUCGUUUACAAAAAUGAUGGCAGCUCUUGGCGCAUCUCUGUGCAGUAAGAACAGCAAUACCUCUAGCUUUUCAUUUUUCCCACACGUCUGUUAAUCAUUUAAACCAUCACCAUAAAAGAGUAAGGAAAAUUUCCAGAUAUGGUACAAAAAAGAAAGCCUAACGUUUCUAUAAAUAUAUCACACAUUACCAGCAUUUUCACCUUCAACAACACAGAAUGUUAAAAUUCUGUGUUGUUGAAGUUGAAAUACGAAAUCGGGCAUAGGACACAACAUAAAUCCACACGGCAUCACUUAUGAAUGAAGAUCAUAACUGCGAUGAAAAACAUUGUCGCUUAAAAUUCUUACCACAUAUCUGUGCCUAAGGCAUGAUGGUAAAGGCUCCACUGCAUUUACAUGGACAUGAACUACAUCAUUCUGUUUAAAACAUCAAAAUAAAGAGAAUCUAAAAUAAGUAACAUCCCAUAAAUAACCAUAAUGAAACAAAACGAAAUGAACACAAACUUUCAGCUCAAAACCUUGGUCCACUUCUGCUGCACACAAUCAUAUAGAAAUCGGUUAUGCUGGGGGAUGGACGCACUUGCAAAAAUUGUCUGACGAGUCACAAUUGUAGAGUAUGACGUCAAGAGUUUCCGAAGAUACUGUCCUUGUUUUGACGAAUUGAACAUGAAGUCAACCUAUCAACCAGGAAAUUUGGUGUUAAUCUGUUGAAAAAAUCAUAGAGCAGAAAGACUAAACAUUGAGUUCAGCAUUCAAUCCACUGAACAUUGAGUUCAUCAAUUUUAUAAUCGGGCACUGAACAUUGAUUUCAUUGACUUUAGCCAAAAAAUGAAGAAGAAAAGGGCCCAUUUUGAAGUUUUUCCUUAGUCGUGUCUAUAGCCAUCGCUGAGUCAAAUCUAAAUACAAACUUUGAUGGCCUUUGUUACUAUUUCCUCAUUAGCAUCACCAGAGACUCUAAAAUGUUCACUUCAGCAAUGAUGUGAAUCAACAAAAGAAGGUAAUAACACGCUCCGUGCACAAUAAUGGACUCAACAGGCACAUAGUCUAGACUGGAAACCCCACUAUAAGCUCACCCAAGUACAAAGAGAACCAUAUUUUUCUUAUGCAAUUUUCUCUUACUAUUUUGUUCAUUACAGAUAGAAAAAUGGCUAAAACUGACCAUAUAUCCAUAGAAAAAGGGAAGCUGUAAUAAUUAAACCAUUAAUCUUGGUAGCUAUAAUUUUAGAGUUCAGAGAUGCAUAAAAUAUAUAAUCAAAGAAAGAAAGUAAAUACCCAACCAUCAUAAUCAUAUUUAGACCGUCAUUAUUGUUAACCGGUUAAUCGAAAGAUGAGAAUGAACAUAGUUGAAAUUUUAUCAGCGUCAGGUGAGUUAGAAAUAGAUGCAUAAGAGAAAAAUAGCCUAGGUGAUCAACUUCUUUGAACUGCAAAGGUAAGCCACAUAGUACCCAUUUAGGUACCAACUUUUCAAAAUAUUGGCUUCUCUAUAUUGAAGCUGUAAGUUAGCCAUUCACAAUCUGGUGAAAAACAUAGGAUAGGGAGAAUGUUCUCUGUCACAGAGGAAAGGCGGAAAUCGCCUCAAGAUUCAUUCACCUCUAACACCCAUUAUAUAGGGAGGAACACUACGCAAGUUUCCCAAGAUACCCUCAGUCUUUUACAGUAUCUCCUUGCGACCUUGAACUUCCAACACAAUUCCAAGCAGUUGCUAGAAUGUCGGUAUCCAAUCAGUUUAAUCUAAAAAUUCUAACUUUCUACAUCAUGGAAAGACAUGGCACGUCCAACUUUCGUAAAACACUCGUAUCUCUAAAAUUAGGAAUCAUAGAUAUAUAUACCUCAUCAACAACCAAAACCCGAAUUGUAUCAAGCUUUAAAACAUUCUUUUCUAGCAUCUGGCAUAGACUGCUAAGCGUUGCCACCACUAUCUCUGGGGGUUCAGCCUGAAAGUUUAAAUGACGUUUUUUCAGAAAGUAUGCAGUAAUAAGUACAAUUCCUCAUUAAUAAAAAGAGAGGGAGUGUUUUUUACAUGAUGUAAACGGCAAACAGAUACAAGCAUUUAACCCUGAAAGGGAAAAUAUUGAUUACAAGCAUUUACAUCUGAAGAUAUGUCUAUAAGUUGAGACCUCGAUAGAAAAAAUGUGGUGUCAAAAACAGUAAGAGUAUAAUGCAAGAAAUCCAGAAAAUUUGUGACAAGUCCAAUUCCUCAAUAUAAUGAGACUAACUUUUAGUCAUGUCACAACGUCACAAAGAACUUUCAUUUAGUAGAAAAGAAGCCCAGCUCAGAGAAAAAUAAAUGUAAAAUGAGACAUUUCACAGAAAUAAAAUUUGCCGGCCUUCUUUUCCUGUUGAAAAAAUUCUUGAACAAAGUUGGCAAUUCCAAUUAUUGUGAGCAGCAUCCAAGCUAAUUCGUUUUUUUUUUUUUUGGAAUCAGUCAAGAUAACAUUUUACAAAUAGUUAAAAUUUCUAGCAAUGGAUCAUCCUUGGAAGCUAUUAAAAGCAAAGUUAGAGUAAUACAUCAUCAUGUCCAGUGUUCAGUAGACUGAGUACUUGGCUUUCAGCCAAAUCAUGCUUGUUUAUGUCCUUUAAGUAUAAUAGUUUAAUAGAAAAUGAAAUUCCAAUCCAGUAAGGAUCAUUCGGGACUAAUAUUUAACAUCAAAUACGUUAGAAGACCAAAUUUUUUCUGGUAGUCAAGCCAACUUUGAAAAUUGUAAAUUUUCAAUGUUACAUGACUAAGAAGACAUUUACAUUGCUAGAAAGCUAAUCAACUUUUACAACUUUAUGAUUCACGUGCAACAAUGUUGAACUACAUGAAUACGAAUUCCUACAUGCCUUCCCACUCGAGCUAUUUUGAGUUGAACAAUGCAGAAGGCGUGUACAUAUCGCCACUUACUGCUACCACCAAAGAUCCGAACACAUUCUCCUCGACACUUUUUGUCUGCUUUAUUUUACCUCCGCAACCCGUCAUCAUGGAAAUUGAAGCAAUGUGAUGAGAUAGAAAAUCAUCAAGUAUUUCAAAAGAGCUUUUCUGAUAUGAAACUUCUUCAGGAUGUAUAGGGUGUCAUUUCGAGACGUCAUGGUUUUAAAAUUUGCAUAUUUUCCCUUCCCUUAACUGAUAUUGUGUUGCUAACUCUUUAAGAAAAAACCUUAAUAUUUCUCCAUCACGGAUUGACCAAUUUCAUACUGUUACUUAUGCAAUCCUGAAAAAGGGGCAUGGAAACAUCAAUCUCAUAUCAUUUUCGGCAAGGAAAAGAGGAAAAGAAGAAAUCUAUAAAGGUAAAAUGCCCAUUAAUGCAGCCAGAAUAGUUGUUUCACUGAUACUCUGCAAUUGAAGAAUGGUAAAUUUGAAGGUUUAAUGCAACAGAAAAGAGAAAUGAAGCACAGACUUACAAAACUUGCCAAUUAACUGGCCAUUAGCCAUGUCUAGAUUUAGAGGUAAGAACAGUCAAUGUAUAAAAAAAACCUUUAGCCAUGUUUUAUGUCUCUUUAGCAUUCCCCCAUCUAGAAGCGCCAUUAUAGUGCAUGUCUCGUCAACAGAUUCAAAUCCUGUUGGCUUCGCUGCAAGCAUCCUAGCAACACUAGCAACCUUCACACACAAACAACACUGAGAACAUGCAGAAUAGGUACAUGCUCGCUGAUAAUGCUGUUGACUUACUUGCAUACCAAGUUCUCUGGUUGGUACAAUUACGAGUGCUUGCACAGCAGACCGUUGAGGAUUGAUGGCAGAAAAUAUUAAUAAUAAGUACGCCAGUGUUUUCCCUGAACCUGUCUAAAACAAAAUAGGAGCCCAAUUAUUACAAUAUUUAUGGAAAUGAUGUCUACAGUGUAUCUGUCCAGGGUGUAGAAUACAUUUUUUUUUAAAGAUCACACAUGAAGACAUAUAUAGUCGGAUAGAAGUGCAGGGCUAUGAAACAUGAUAGAUCACUUGUCUACUCUACAUCAAUUAGCAAGAGAAUUCUGAACCAAUCAACUCGACUCCAUGAGCUACCAUCAAAAUGUCUUUGAAAUUAUUAGAUUCUCCUUUCAAAAGCCUUGACUCUACGCAUCUUAGUUGAUCCCAUGAGGGUAUAGGAUUUAUUAAACUUGACAAUCGUGUUGGAUGAUAUGCAUCGAUCCAAUUCAGAUCAAAUCAGCAAGGAAUGAUUGCAUAUGAAGACACAUUCUGUAAUAAAUUGGGAAGAGAUGGAUCAUAACUGACUUUCUAAUCAAAGACUCAAGCUAAUUAAGAUCAUUAUGUAGAAUGUAAGGCAAGUUUCUUAUUUCAUACACAUGCCGACUGGCUUUCCAUUACAGCAUUCUCACAGUAAUUUUUUAUAAACGUUCACUUAGUUAUCUUAAAAAUUCAUCUAAAAAAAUAUUUCUAAAAAGAACCCCUGGUAACCUGCUCGGCAAUUUUCUUCAACUAUGCACAUCCAAAUUCCUCCAAUAAAUCCAUCAAAUGUUCUCUUAAUUCCAAAUCGUUUCUUCAUCAGCUCAUCAGAAUAAGUGGAUAGGUUCUUCAAAUAAAAAUGGAUAGUUUAAAAUAAAAUAAAAGGGUAAAUGCCAGAGAUUAGUGUACCAGAAGGGCCAUGUGAUUGAUUUUGUUAGGUCAAUUUUAAACGAAUUUCCCUGUAUCAAAUUAUCAGAAAACUGAAAUAAAGGAAAUGGACUGACUUGUUUACUCUGAUUUGAUUCCUUGAGUAGUAUAUUAUUUUAAACCUUUAAUGGGAGCUUUUCUAAUUAAAAAUAUCCUUUAAAAAAUAAAUGGGCAUAUACGUCUAUGAAGAUAAUCUUGGGAUGUUUUUCAUGUUUCAGUUCGUAAAAUUCACCAAAGUGAACAUAAGUGCUUUUGACCGCACAAGGAAAACAUUGUGUUUGCUUCAGCUCUACUUUUUCAACUUGAAAUGAAAAGGACUCCAAGGGACUGGUUUGCCAAAAACGAGGCCUUGAAAAAUUGAACUUUAUGGCUGAUUAAGCCAUCAUUAAAUCUGCAAGCCCACAAAUAGGAAGAUGACCAUAGUACCGGUUGUCAAAAACGUAAGCAGGCUUUAACAGCAUGUUUCGGUCCAAAUAGAACUUAGGAUCAAUUUUCAGGUAAAACCGGCAUAGUUUAAUGCAUUGAGAUCCAUAGCAAUAUAUAUCUUGAAGGAAAUGAUGCACACGCACAUGAAGUUCUGGCACAGUUGCACCAUCAUGAACUGAUAGACAAGGUAAAGCUAUCUACCAUUAACAGGAUCAUAAAAUAACAAUACUUCUGACAUGUGUCAAAAGUAUGCUGACGUCUUCUAGAAAACUAGAAUGGAAUUUAUCCCAAGCAUUUUCGUUUCAAACUCCGCCUUAAGCCCUCCGAGACACUUGAAAUAAUUUAACACGAUAUAAAAAUGAUUUCAGUCAUGCAAAAUCUUCCACAACAUUUUAACGAGAUAAAUAAUAAAAAUUCUAUAUUGCUUAACCUGAGCUUGGAGGACGCAGUCCUUUCCAGAUAGUAGAACCGGUAAAGACUGCCUCUGGACUUCAGUAGGUAAAGUAAAUCCAAUAUCUUCAGCUCUGCAGGAUAAGAAAUUGUGACUAAUAUAUGUUAAGAAUAUCAAAUCCAAAACAUAAUCUAAAAAAUGUCACUCAACUAGACUAAUCAGAAAAGUAUAACAGUCAACACAUCUUCAAAUAGUGGGGUGGGCGCAUUAAGAUUUUAAAAAUAAAGGCCAUAAAAUUGAGAAGUGGCAUCCAAUAAUGAAGGAGCUUGAGGACAUAAACAUUGAGAAGUUACCUGAAAACGCAAUAGAUGAUAAGUGUGGAGCAAAAGGAGAAACAUAUAAUAAAAUAGUCUAUAGCGCAAAGAUCGUGAUUCAGUAAAGUUCUUCCAAAAUAACAAGGCACACGCUAAAUAAAUUGUCUUUUAGUACGAAAUAGAGAUGCAUUCAGUUAAAAAAGUCAAUAUUUAUCAUCCUUGUGUUCAUCAGCCCACAAGAAUGUUUACGAGCGGCCAAAUAUUUAUGUAGAAGGAAGGUGCUAGGAUGAUGAAGGGAAUGGAAUAAAUGUAAAACUAUGAUAAAAGAUCAAAUAAGCUUCCAUAUUAUCUCCAUUAAAUUAGGCAAAUAGUAACAUUACGAUGGAUACUCUCGCCAGAAAUUAGAACAUACAUCAGUAUAUUGGUGGAAAAAAUGGAAUAUACCAUGCGAAAAUAUCACCUGCAGUCGAGCGAACCAGAAAUGACGAAACAUGUCAAAUGCCGACAAAAUUGGAACGCAAAAAGCAAACGAAAACGCCGGGAUGGGUGAGAGAAUUAGCGAGUCGUCGGCGCCAUUACAGGCAACAGUCAAAAAAUCCAACGCAGGCAACAGUAAAAAAUAUAAUCAUCUACAAUCCCAGUCGUCAGAACUAAUGAGCGACAAAGCAUCGUCCUACCCAGCAAAUUCAAACGAGAAGAAGACAGACAGCCCAGUCUCUGCCCAUAUCAGCUCCCCAAAAUGCGUAAAAAACACGGCGAACAAGGGAAUAUGAGAGUAAUAAUCAGCGGGAAGGGAAGUGAAAAGUCUCGCCUCCGUAGGACGUGCUCCGGGACGCGACUCUGGCAUAUGUCGCGAAGAGUGAGGGCCUCCACCACGGCGGUGGCGGCCCCGGAGGCACGGUCGGGUCCGCAAGUGAAGACGCGCUGCGGCGCCGACGGCCUCAGAGACGUAAUCCUACAUAGACGAUGGUAGCUGAUUGCUCGUGGGGGAGCGGGAGCGGCGACCCGCACCAUAACCCCGACGGAGGAGCGAACCAUUUCGAUAUGCUACAGACGCCGGAAACAGCAGCCUCACAGGCAUAAGCAGCGGUAGACUAAGAUGAAGAACCCUCAGCAGCAGCAGCAGCAGCAGCCGUAGAAGAAGAGGAAGGAGAAGAAAAGGAGGCAGCGGCCGGUUGCGUUCUGUGAGCCGUGGAGGCUUGGGAUGAGAGAAGACGGAGGGAAAACAAUUAUCACAAAGUCCCUGUAUUUUGAAACAUUGUGAGUAUUCGUCUUGGAUCCGAGAAGCUGAGCCUUCGGUUCCAACCGUCUAUGGCACGGAACCGUUAACAAUCGGUUGGGUACUUACUAUCCGACGUGCGCGGCAUAUUUGCAAUAUUUUAUGAUUUUAGGUUAUUUAUCGGCAGAUCUUCAAAUCUUAUUCGAAUUAUCAACGAGGCAUUGUGUUUUACAAUUAACCUCCAGGUCUUUGAAAAAAACUACAUGGCUGCCAAAACUUUGCAAAAAUUAUGUACAAUGGCAAACCUUCCCCUGUCUGCCACGUGGAAAAUACAGCUGGCAAUCGACUAAAAACCCCCAAUAGCCAUAGCUACCCCUUGAUGUGACGGACCAGAUUGCCACGUGGAAAUACAGCUGGAAUGGACUAACAGCCAUAGCUACCACUGAUGUCGCGAAGUGGUACAAUAUUGACAGGUGGCACAUACCGCUGGCAAUCGACUAAAAACCCGUCCAAGCAGGCACAGCUUCCCCUGACGUCACGAAGUGGUAAGAUUGCCACGUGGCAGAUAAAGCUGGCAAUCGACUAAAACCAUCCAAGCAGCCAUAGCUAGCCCUGAUGUCACGAAGUGGUACAAGAUGCCACGUGGCAAAUAAACCGUCCAAGCACCCAUAGCCGCCCAUGAUGUCAGGAAGUGGUAGAAAUUGCCACGUGGUAAAAUACAGCUGGCAAUCCUCUAAUUCCAACUAAAAUGGUGACGUCAUGAAGUAACUUUGGCCCACCCAGACGAGGUCUCUCACCCACACCCACCACCCCCACACUCACUCUCAGUAGAGAGAGAACGAGAGGGAGAGAGAGAGAGAGAGAAGCAGCAUGGAAAUCUACAAGGCCCUCUGUUCUCUAUAUACACAUCAAACCCACAUCAAAAAAGGUAGAUUCACAUGGUUUCCACACCCACAUCCACCUGCCCAAGAAAUUUCCAACACUCUUGUCUCUGAGCCGACGGCGGUCGCCUGCCGCCAAGCUCUGCCAUUCUCUGCCCCCCUCCACCGCCAUGCCCAGGAGAAGGUGGAAGCUCCGCCAUGGAAGAAGGCACAGAUUGCAGAAUUCCUCCAGAAACCCUUCUGGCACAGGCUCUUCUUCUCCUCUUUCUAUUCACUUGGGAAGCUCCAUUUGAGAGAGAGGGCAUAGAGAAGCUCAUUCCAGGUGUCAGGAAUGCCAGGCAGGCACCAGUGGCUGCAGUCCUGGCGGUGGAGUGGGGCCAUGACCGUGGGACCCAGGUAGUACAGGGAGGGGUGCCCAUCUCUCCUUCGAAAAGUCAACUGGGUGAUGUUCAGCAGAGUCAACUCUGGCAGCAAGCCCUGUCUCAUCCCCUCUGAGAUUAUGCCGCCAGCGGCAUGGAAGGCCCAUGACUCUGAUGAUGAUCGGCCCGAAGCAUCUGGAAGGGUUUCCCCGUGGCAGCUUCCCCCCGUCUUCCAAUCUCCUCCUCUGUGGAUCCAAAAAAGGAAAAGAAAAAGAUUGGAGCUUGAGGUCAACCAUGGAGUUGACUUAUGGAGAACCAAGAGGAGACUGCCCCAAGCUGGCCAUCUCCUAGUGGGGGUGUUUCUCUAGGCCUGUCUAGAGCCUGCAACAUGUGCACAGAGACCCUUUGACCUCGGCAGCCAGGCGUUGUCUUAGCGUCAAACAGAAUUUACCUGAAAUGGAUGGGCGCGUAGGUCCGAAAGACAACCCGGGUCUUGCUCGGGUCAACUUCCUUUCCAAUCCAGGCCAGCAAUGUCUCCAGCGCCCUUAUGUAUGCCUGCUCCACGCCCAUCUCCAGCUCGAUCUGGUCCCCAACUUGGAAAUAGCACCCACUGGACAGAGAGAGAGAGAGAGAGAGAGAGAGAGAGGUGUUCUUCAGUCAGAUAAAUAAUUUACACAUGUGAUCAUACAACACAACCAAUGGACAUCAAGAACCAUGAGAGAUCAAUCGAGGAAAUUGUAGGGAAAAUCAGCGAGCCCACCUGGAUGCAACUCCAUCUCAUCUCAAUCAAGAAGAAAUCUCAACAAAAAAAAAAAAAAACAGAUGAAGUCGGCAUGAAAUGAUGGAUAUAUGCAGAGGAAGAAGAGGUGGAGCAUCGGUGGGGGAAUGGCAGCGACCUUCUGAGGGUCUUCUGGUGGUUCCACCAGUGCCCAGUGUUGAAGACAAGAACAUCAGCGCUGCUCCACUUGGCGGAGGUCCAGUCGAGGACAUCGAGCCUCAGUGUGGUCUUCACCUUCUCAUGAGCACCCAGGGGGGGGCGGCCCUGGAGCACAAGGAACGGUGCCCGGUAGUACUCGAUGGUGCAGUUGAAUUCCCUGAAUCUGAAGAUGAGGAAGCCAUUGUGCUUGGUGAUGGGGCUCCCAUUGACUUCAUAAAUGGAGCUCUUGUCUGAUACCGCUGAGGAGAGCAUGCAGAGGAGGGACUCCCACUGGUUCCUCCCGAUCGAGUCCCCGACAAAUGCUAGCCUCCGGUUUCUUAGCCUCUCCAGCAUCAUCUUUCCAUCAAAUCUAAAUAGAAAGAUAGAUAGAUAGAUAGAUAUAUAGAUAGAUAGAUAGAUAGAUAGAUAAAGAGAUAGAUAGAUAGAUAUAUAGAUAGAUAGAUAGAUAGAUAAAGAGAUAGAUAGAUAGAUAGAUAGAGAGAGAGAGAGAGAGAGAGAGAGAGAGAGAGAGAGAGAGAGAAUAAAAAAACUAGAAAUGGGAAGAUCAAGGUUCUAGCUUUUUUUUUUCUGGGCGUAGAAAAUUGCCUGCAAGCUUGAAAUAGUAAUUGUUCAAGAUUGCAGAUUACUGAAGCAGGAGUGGCGCAAAUAUGAUGGAUGAUUCCAAUUGGGAGCCAGAUUUCUUUACUUUUCCGGGAUCCUCGUGAGGAAAAAAGAAAAAAAAAGGAACAAAAAUCGGGGGUGCCCUCCGCAGGAUAUGAAGUGA